ACUGAACGACCAGAGUCAAUGCGCUCCAACUCGGAAACUUCGAGGUAGAUGGGAAGAAAUUUACAUGCUUUCUCAAUUCCAAAAUAGUAAUAAUAAUUAAAAAAUAAUCGAUUUCUUCUGCCUUUCCUUCCCUUCCAAUUCUUUUCCACGAGCUGACCCAUGUUCUUCUUUAUUUAUCUCAAAUAGCUUUACUUUUGAGUUUCUGCUUUGUUUCCUCAUCGGAACAAAGAAGCUGCGAGGAAAUUUAAGGAGUUUGAUAAAAAAGAGUUGGUUUCGGCUUUUGAGAAGUGCAUGUGUCUUUAUUUUCUUGGGUAUCGGAGUGUUUGUGUACAAACUCCUUUUGUUUCUUUGAUUUCUUUCCAAUUUGUAGUUUUGGAUUUUAUUGCGCGGCAAAGUUAUGGCAAUUGUUGAAAGCGCCGCUCUGGGUGCAGCAUUUGGAAGGAUAUUUUCGUCGUUGUAUGAUGCAAUUACGGAUGCGAUAACGAAAAUCCGCAUGUACGAAUCCAUUCUCCAACGGCUCAAAGACACGCUAGAUGUUAUGCGCCCUCUGGUUGAGAAGAUGGUAUUGUCAAACAGGGAACAGGAUCUCCCAGAAGAGCGAACAAAGCGCUUGAUCGAACGAAUGGAGAAGGGCGAGAAGCGCGUUAGGAAGUACUCGCAGCUCCCAUGGUGGAAAUACCUCAUGCGGAUCCAUUAUGCGAACAAACUUCUGGAGUUGGAAAAGGAUCUUGGCAGGUUCUUUAAGGUUGAGAUAUCGGCUAGCACUGCGAUGAAUACGUGGGAGUCUGUGAAGGGUGUAAACGAUAUUCGUGAGCGACUGGGCUUGACCCGGCAGAAUAGUGUUGCGUCGUGCGCGGUUCCUCGAUUGUGGGAACAUGUAUUUGGGUUGGAUGUGCCUUUGCAGGAGUUGAAAAUGCAGCUGCUGAAGGAGGAAGUGUCAAUGCUUGUCUUGACUGCUCCCGGAGGAUGCGGGAAGACCACUUUGGCGAAAAAGCUUGGAGAUGAUGACGACAUUAAAGGCAAAUUUGAGGAGAAUAUUUUCUUUGUCCCCGUCUCAAAAACUCCAAACCUGAAGGUCAUUAUACAAAAACUACUCGGUAAGGAUGAUCGGUCUCCUGCGUUUCAAAGUGAUGAGGAUGCAAUCCACCAGCUAGAGCAAAUGCUGCUAGUUCUAGUUAAGCAAAACAAACGUAUAUUGCUGAUCCUGGAUGAUGUCUGGUCUGGAUCGGAAUAUCUUCUAGAGAAAUUUGCGUUUCCUUUGACUAAUUACAAGAUUCUGGUGACUUCAAGAACUGCCUUUCCAGGAAUUCGCUCAUAUAAGUUAAAACCAUUAAAUGAUGGUGAUGCAAUGAAACUCUUUCGUCAUUCAGCAGGCCUGCAAGAUGGGAGCUCCUCUUACAUUCCAGAUGCCUCUUACAUUCCAGAUGGAGAAAUGGUUAAAAAGAUAGUGAAAGGCUGUGGGGGGUUUCCACUGGCCCUUAAAGUGGUUGGAAAAUCACUCCGUGGGAAGUCUGUGGCGGCCUGGCUCCUUAGAGUGGCAAAAUGGUCAGAUGGUUGUUCUAUCCUUGAUACUGAUAUUGACAGUGAACUGCUUAAGUGUCUUCAAAGCAGUCUAGAUUUCAAAGAUCAUGAGAUGAUCCUGAGGGAGUGUUUCAUGGACUUGGGUUCGUUUCCUGAGGACCGAAGGAUCCGUGUUUCUGGCCUCAUUGAUAUGUGGUCCGAACUAUAUGAACUAGUUGCAGAUGGCAUUCAUGCAAUUGCCAACCUACAUGAACUCAACAACUUGAAUCUAGUUAAUCUAGUGGCCACAAGGCAGGACGCAAGUGAGGUUGGCAGCUACUGCAGUGAAGACUUCGUCUUACAACAUGAUCUUCUUAGAGAGCUAGCUAUCCAUCAGUGUAGCCAGGAGCCAAUAGAAAAGAGGAAAAAAUUGAUUUUGGACAUCAAUGGAAACAAUCUUCCCAAGUGGUGGACUGAACAGAAGCAGCAACAUAUCAGCUCCCACCUAUUGUCUAUCUCAACUGAUGAAAAUUUCUCAUCAAGUUGGUGUAAGAUUCAACCACCUGAAGUUAAGGUUCUAGUUCUGAAUUUUCAAACACAGAAUUACACCUUGCCUGAGUUUGUGGAGAAAAUGAAGGAACUAAAGGUUCUUAUAGCUACCAAUUAUGGUUCUUUUCCGGUUGAAUUAGGCAACUUUCAGCUACUUGGAUCUGUACCCAGUCUAAAGAGAAUCAGAUUGGAGAAGGUUUCACUUCCUUCCAUUUGCAAGACUCUAUCAGCAUCAAGGAGUUUGGAGAAGAUAUCCCUAUUUAUGUGUCAUAUUGGUCAUGCAUUUAGGAAUUGCAGUAUCCAGAUCUCAGAUGCACUGCCAAAUCUAAGGGAGAUAAACAUUGACUACUGCAUUAAUCUGGUGGAAUUGCCUGCUGGGAUCUUUAAUAUUAUCAGCCUUAAGAAUCUCAACAUCACCAAUUGUCAUAAGCUGUCUAGAUUGCCGGAUGGGUUAGGAAAGCUGAAGAAUUUAGAAGUGCUAAGGGUUAGGUCAUGUACUGUGUUGUUGGAGUUACCAGAGUCAACUGGAAGCCUCCAUAACUUGGUCGUUCUUGACAUCUCCGGCUGCCUAAGAAUUAGCAAGUUGCCAAAGCACAUUGGCAAGUUGUGUAAUAUGAAAGAGUUCCAUAUGAAAGGGUGCUCGGCAUUGCAUAAUCAGUUGCCACCAUCAAUUAUGGAUCUUGAGCACUUGAAACUUGUGGUAUGUGACAAAGGGAUGGCCAAACAAUGGGAGUCUAUUAUCAAGGAGUUUCCCGCGCACCACUCCAGUCCACAGAUAAAAGUGGUGGAAAAUGAUAUCAACUUGAAAUGGCUUCAUAAUCAUUUCUGAGAAUGGUUUCCGAGCAAGCCAGAGUUUCAAUCCUGCUAGGCUAGGCUAGGCUGUGUGGAGCAUUCUCAUUGGAAUAGCCUUAUAUAAAUAAAAUGCUUCGAAUGGCUAUUAGGGACAAAAAAUGGACUGCAAUGAGUUAGCCAAAGUGGAAUAUGGUACCUAGAGGAGUUUCGGGAAGAAAUACAGAGGCACCUAUCCAUUAUGCCAGUGGCGGUAAGGCAUGUGUAUAGGGAUUGUAACGCUGAAGCAGAUCUCUUAGCCCGUUAACCGACUGGUCUGAGUCCAAGGAAGUGGAUGCAGUUCAAGGACCUUCCUCACCUUCUCAAGGGAAUACUCAAGCUAGACAGAUUAGGCCUUCCUCUGCUGCAUUUUUAAUUUUGCUUUCAAAGUCCGUGUACAUGGGUUUCCUCCCCUUUACCGAGGCUUUGAAUCAGAGACUAUAAGUAUGGUAUUUAUAUAAAAAAAAAGAGUUUGCCAAAGUGUGUCUACAGUUAAUUUUAGCUACAGUAUAUCUAAAAUAAAAGUCAUAUUUGAUUGAUACUUUUUCUA